GAAUGUUUCGGUAUAAAUUAUGCAUACAUGACAGAAGAUAAGGGCGCUUUUAUCAAGGAGAGCUUGGAAGAAAAAACCCUGGCUCUAUCUCAGAACCACCGAUCGAUGGAAGAAAUCACAUCUUCUGCUUCUUCCUCUUUACUGGUCCCUCUUCCUAAAGAAACCUCACUCAAUCUCCAGCAAUACUUUCACGUCUUGCUCCAGAUCCGACCCGAUGAUUGGGUCUACUCCAUUUUCUGGCAGCCCUCGACGGACGACCGUGGCUGUCUCGUCCUAACCUGGGGCGACGGCCAAUUCCGAGGGAUGAAAGAUCGCGCACCCAAUAACUCCACCAAUCAAAGGGUGUCCAAAGACCUCGGGACACUCACCAGCGUCAAUUUCAACCCCUCCUCAAACAUGGAUACUAAGUGGGUCCAAAAGGAUGUCUACGAUCUCGAAGGGUUCUACAUUGUCUCAGUCACGAGGUCGUAUUCCUCCAAGGAGAGCAUCCUCGGGCGGACAUUCUGUUCUGGGACUUACAUCUGGUUGUGCGGCGAGGACGAGCUCGGAACUUACCAGUGUGAGAGGGUUAGAGAAGCAAGGAUGACUGGACUCAAGAGCAUAGUGUGUAUAUCAACACCCUAUGAUACCGGGGUUCUUGAAUUGGGCUCCACCAAAAGACUUCAAGAAGAUUGGAGUCUAGUCCACUUAGCCAAAUCCCUCUUCACUUCUCAUUUCUUGAGCACUGAAAUUACUCCCCAUGUCCAUGAAGAGCAUCAGUUCAAUGUUGUUCUAAAGGAAGAAUGUUCCGCGUUAGAUGGAACUGGCGCUUCGCGCUCUGAGACGUGUCCUUCGGACACGUAUGGGCCUUCGGGUUCCAAGAGUGACUUAAAAAGAUUGGGCGCGUCGCAUAAUAUCGCUUCCUCUAACAAGAGGGCGGCGAUUACAAAGAUGGAGAGGGACGACAAAGAGCCAGUCCGGUCGCCAUCGCCUUCACGGUUGAACCACGUGGAAGCCGAGAGGCAAAGAAGAGAGAAGCUGAAGCAGAGAUUCUAUGCCCUAAGAUCUGUCGUCCCUAAAGUCACGAAAAUGGACAAAGCCUCUCUUCUCUCCGAUGCGGUGAGUUACAUCAAGGAGCUGCGAUCCAGGAUCGAUGAACUUGAGGGCAAGCUCAAGUUUCUGUCCCAAAAGCCUGGCCCGAAUAAAGUGGCCAGCCUUUUCAGCCAUGAAACCGAGAUGACAUUGCAAGUGAGCAAGUUCAGAUCGAGCCAGUCGCUGAAUGUUGUCAAGGGUUUGAGCAAGAUGGAGGUGGAGGUGAAGGUGGUAGGCGACGAAGCGUUGGUUCGGGUCCGGAGCCCGAACCGGGACCACCCGGCUGCGAGGCUGAUGGACGCGCUCAAGGAGCUGGAGCUCGAAGUCCACCAUGCGAGCGUGUCGAGCAUGAAGGGGUUGAUGCUUCAGGACGUGGUGAUUCGGACUCCGAUUGGUUGGGCGAGCGAGGAGAGCUUGAGAGAUGCGAUUCUUGCAAGAUUGUGCAAGGUAUGACUCAUGGUUAAGGUGUCGGUUGUUGGGCUGAAGGUUUUGUUGUGUUGUUGUUAAUGAUUGAAAUUCUGUUGUCAAUUGUGGUGUUGUUUAUCUAGCUGUUUGUUUUUGUAA